UAGAGUUGUAAUUCAGGUCUGAGUUGGGGAACAACUCUCGCGUCAUCGUUUUUAUUUUUUAAGGACGGUCAGGCUUGUGCUUGUUGCUGGGCUUUCGACAGGAUUACUUCUCACCCCGCACUGAUUUAAUGCACUACUUCGUAUAACUGUUCUUAGUUAUGCGGUGUCUUCAUUAAACGUGUGCUUUCGUUUUACCUCAGAGUGAGGUUAUGUUUUUUAUUGGUGGAGACCAUAGAAUACUCACGAUAUAACCUGGUGGAGACCAUUUAAACUCGAAUAUAAACUGGUGGAGACCAUUAAAACUCUGGAAUUUUUUUGAUUAUGAUGAUUCAAUGAUAUAACUUUUUUAUUUUUGUGGGAUAACCUGGCAGUUUGUGAGUUUAAUAACUCCGCCAACACACUUCAAAGUUAAAAAAAAAAAAAAAAAAAAAAGAACAAAUGUAUUUAUUAUUUUAUUUAAAAAUCAAACGCUUACAAAGAUGAAUUUAAAUAUUGAAACAAUUUUAGAUUUUUACACUUACAAAAACAAAAAAAUAUUGUGUCAAAUAAAAGUGACACCCUCUACAAAUUAUAAAUUAAAUAAAACCUGUAGAUGUUUAAGCCAAAAACAAUGGAAUACUUUCGAUAAAGAAUUAGAGAAAAUUAUUAUCACAAACGAUGACUGGAACGAUGAGAAGUGUCUUAAAUUUAAUUUAAAUUCCUGCAUUGAGGUUAAGGUGCAAAAAUCAAAAUUAUUAUUAAGAGAUUUUUACAAAUGUUUGGGAGCAAUCAAAGAUUUUGAGAAAAACGUUACAGAUGGUCUAGAAGAAAAUUAUGUUUUGGAGUGUCUGAUUGAUUUUCAGCUUGAAGUUUCACUUGAUACAUCCCACGAGUCACAAGAAUACGAACCACAAAUAAAAACUACACCAGAUAAAUUAAGUAGCCCUUUGUCAUACGAACCAUAUACACCAUCUAAGAAAAAAUAUCAGGCAGAUAAUGUUGAUACAAUUAAAACACCAAGGCUCGAUUUACUUGAAUGUCAUGAGGAUACAUACUCGCCAAAACCAAUAUUUCCAAUUGCAGAAGGUGAAGCGUUAUUAAUUGAUACAAUACCAAAAUAUACUCCAGCACCUAUUAAAAAGUCCACUAAUUCAACUGAAUUAAAGAAAUCUCAAGAUCUAGAUAAAAUUAUUGUUGAAACAGGAGAAAAAAUUGAAUUUUUAAGAUCAAAAUUAAAGAAAUCAGAAAAGGCGGAAUGUGAAUACAUACCGAAAAGUCAAGAAUUUGCUGUAGUCGAUGUUCCAGUUUAUAUACCAACACCUAUAGGAGAGACAACACAACGAACAAGUUUCAAAAGCGAUUAUAACCUUAAAAGACAUAGAAAAAGAUCCAAAACAAUAGAUGAGUUUCCUGGACUUCAACUUAAUGAAAAAACCAAUGAAAAACUUCAAACAAUAAAUGAAUACAAUAACAGCAACAAAACACUUUAUCAAUAUGAAGAUAAAAAGUUUAAAAAGCGGUCAAAGACAAUUGAUGAAAUCCCAGCUGGAUUUGCGGUUAAUAACGAAAAAAUCAUGUCAGAGGUUAAUAAAUCAAAGGAGCAGAAAACUACUUUUAAGCAAAAUAUUUGUAAAUCAAAAGAAAAAACCAAUACGUUGGAAAAAAUAACUGAAACUGAUUUCCCUGUUUAUGUUCCAACUGUCAUAACGGAAGAUACUUGGCAGCCAAAAGUUAAUAAAACCGAUCACCACUUUACGAAACAUAAAAAACGAUCCAAUACAAUAGAUGAAUUUCCGGGACAACUUUAUAAGGAAAAUUAUAAAAAUAAUAACGAUUACAUAAUUAGUAAGGAUAAACUUAAUCUUGAUUACAGCAAACAUUCAAGAAAGCGAACAAUUGAUGAAAAACCAAAUGGAUUAGAUGUGAAUAACGAAAACCAAGUAUCAAAGAACUUGCAAGAGGAAAAGAAUGGAAAAUCUCCAGAUAAAAAUACCCCGGACAAAAUAAGAGAAAAUAAACGCAAUGUAAAUAAAACUUCACCAAAAACAAAUAAAACUCCACAAAAAGCCAACAAGGAAAAGAAAUCAGAAAAAAGUAAAAUUAGACCUAAUUCGACAUUUAAAGAUGAAAAACUAGCUACACCUAAUGAAACUACUAAAAAGUCUUCAAAAAUAUUUACAGAAGAAAAUAUUAAUAAAUUUAAUAAUAAUGUUAAAAUAGCUAAUACAAGUAUUUCAUCUGCCAUGGAACCAGAUCUAGAUACAACACCACCAAAAAUAUAUAAAAGAGAAAUUACACAAGAAAACAGCCCAGAUAUUAAAAAAGCCUUAAGACGUUCCGAACGACCACCUAGCAAACCAAAGCGAUUGUUAGAAGAACAACAUAAACUACUAAAAAGUAAUAAGCCUAAAAAACUAAAAACUUCACCAAAAAACAAGGAGCUUUUUGGAACGGACGACGAAGAUGACGAUGAUCAUUUAAAAAACAAACAAUAUUAUUCACAAAACUUUUACACUCACAACAACAGAAAAGUAUUGUGUCAAAUUAAAGUGAAAAGCCGCAAAUUUAAAAAUUACACUUGUAGAUGUUUAGGACAAGAGCAAUGGAAUAUAUUCGAUAGAGAAUUAGAGAAACUCAUUACAGCCAACGAUGAGUGGAGCGAUGAGAUGUGCCUUUAUUUUAAAAUAAAGCCCUAUAUUGAGGUUAAGGUGCAAAAAUCUAAAUUAUCAUUAAAACAUUUUUACAAAUGUUUGGGUGCAAUUGAUGAUUGCAAAAAAGAGGAAUUAGAUGAUGGCGCUGUCGUAGAGGAUAUAAGAGAAUCCAAUUAUGUUUUAGAGUGUGUACUAAAGUUCAAAGACAGCCCAGGUAAUGUAAGCCACAAAUUAGAAGGUCAACCACUAACUGAAACAACCGAUACUUUAAGCAGUCAUUCCGAACCGUAUUCGCCUUCGAAUAAAAGAUAUCGACAGGAUAACAUUGAUACCGUUAAAACCCCUGGAAAAGAUUUUCUUGAAUAUAGUGAAAGCAGUUAUUCACCAAAACUAAACACAAUAAAUUCCUCCGAAAGUGAACACUCACAAUUAUGUGAAAUAAUAUCCAAUAACACGUCAGAACCGAUUGAAACAUGCCAAAGUUCAGAUGAGGUCAUUGUUGAAACUGGAGAUGAAAUUGAAUCUCCGAAAAAAAAUAGAUUCAAGAAAUCAAAAAAACUUUUGACUGAAUUUAUAUCGAAAAGUCAGGAUAUUCCUGUCACCGAUUCAACUGCGCAUAGAGUAGAGGAGAAUUCUUCACAACGAAAAGUUACUACAAGAGAUUACGACAUUAAAAAGCAUCGCAAAAGAACUAAGACUUUAGAUUCUUUCUCAGAAAUACUGGGUAAUAAUUCUAAUGAAAAGCAUAAAAGCAAAAAAGAACGUUCAAGCAGCAGAGAUAGUCAGUAUGGCAAUAAAAUAUUUAAAAAACGUUCCAAGACUAUUGAUGAAAUUCCAGUUGAAUUGUUCCAGAAUAUUGAGAUACCAAAUUUAAAUAACUUGACAGACGAGAGUAAAGAAAAGUCACGUAAAAAAAAAGAAUCAACAGAUAAACACAAGUCUGACAAAUCAGAAGAUAUCAAAGAAAAGCCAUGUACAAAGUCAGACUCGAAAGAUAAACAUCAGCUUCAUAAAUCAGAAGAUAUUAAGGAAAAGGCACAUAAGAAACUAGAUCCCACUGAAAAGAUUACGUCAUAUAAAUCGGAAGAAAGAAAAGAAAAGCUAUAUAAGAAUUUGGAAUCAUCAGAUAAAUAUACGUCUCAUAAAUCAAAAGAAAAGAAAAAAGAUGUGAACGACAACAUUUCUUCAACAAAACAAAUUGUUCCACUCUUGGAAAAGAAGCACGUAAGCAGCGAUUCACCGAGUGUAGAUGAAUUUUUGGAGGCACAUGUUAAAACUAAGAAACCCGCAGAAAAUGUCAGUGAUGAUGACUUCGAAGACCAGAAUAAUGAAGAGGAAAAUACAAAUUUGUCGCAAUCCAAUGAUAAUACAAGUAGUUUGAAUAUAUCGAUUUCAUCUGCCACGGAAUCGAACACAGAUACAUCUCCACGCAAAGUAACAAAAAGAGAAAGAAAACCAAAAGAAACUAGCUCUAAUGUUAUUAAAUCCGUGCGGCGUUCGUCACGAUCACCAACCAAAACAAAACGAUUUAUAGAAGAACAGCCUAAUCUACUCAAAAGUAAUAGGUCUAAAAAAGCCAAAACUUCACCUAAAAAUAAAGAACUAUUUGGCACAGACGACGAUGAUGACGAAGAGAAUUAUUUUGAAAAGAACAGCACGAAAACUAACAACAACAGCAAAGUCAAAUCAUCAAUAUUCGAAACGCCUGUUAGCAAGAAAUCUGCGAAGAGUGCUUCAUCCUCGUCAUCCUCAUCAACGAAAAAGAAACGUAAAAGAGUAAAUAAUAGUAGUGAAUGUGAGCAGGAAAAACGAGCGAUGGGCAAUUGGUUAGGCAAGAAAAAAUCAUCAUCAUCAGACAUUGAGGAAAAAAAUGCUUCAACAUCUAAGUCAUCAUCAUCUAAAAGUCGUCCGCUAAAAACUACAAAAAAAGAAAAAACGGAAAAGAAUGAAGUUGAUACCGAGAAACAUGCGAAAACUGUGACACCAACACCAUCUUUCGAAUUGCCUUCUAAGGAAGAAAUGGAGUUAAUACGAAAUAAAUCGAAAUUAACGCAGAAAGAAAAUGCAAUACUUAAAGCUGAACUGGAUAAAAUGCGUACUUCGCCACCAAAAGAAGUAGAAUUUAAAUCUCUACAAGAUAUACCUGCGGAUGAAAUAUUGAAUACGUUUUCAAUAUACCAGACAGAAUUAGAUGAAAUUUAUAAAAAUAAUUACAAAAGAGAUUAUAUAAAAGGACAUGAGGGCAUAAACCAUUGUUUUGUAAUAAGGCUACUGCCACAAAAUAUCCAAAUGAAAAUGCUGGAGAAAUUAACAGAUAUUUAUAGUAAUACAAAGAGCUCAACUCAAGCCACUUUAUUCGCCAACGCCCUUCUUCCCGAAUGGGUAAUACGUGUGUAUAUGGAGAAAUAUAAAUUUAACCGUCAAGAGGCGAUCCACCAAAUCAAAGCACAAGAAGAAUUUCGACUACAUAUGGAAGAACAGAGUGAUAACUCCUUUAUGUUCGAUUAGAAAAGUAUAAACAUGUGAUAUGAGUAUAUAUUCCAUAUGUAGUGUAUUUUGUUUUUAAAUUCAAAUAAUAUAUAUUGAAGCUGAGCUUUGAUUAAAUCAUUUUAAUAUGUACUUUUAUUUUUGAAAUAAAUUAUCUUUUCUAAAAUUUAAA